GUUGGUUAUCUUGUGUUACAACUAAACCGACUCAAUGAUACACAUGUAGCAAUGUCUGUCAGAGACUGUUUUACCGUUGAUCACAAAAAGCAGUGCAAACUUAAUUGGCGGAUACCUGUGACUGUUAAAGAAAUACUACAGACAAAACGUAGUGUCACGUAUAAUGAUAUCCUAACACCAUACAAAACAUAUAUUCGUUCAUGGCUGAGUAAUAAAAAUGAGAUUGUGAUUGUCGCGGAUUCCACUGGAUAUCGUGUCAAUUAUGACCGUGAAUCUUGGACGCAAAUUGCUUUUUUCUUAAAAACUGUUGAUCUGAAGAUCACUGAUUUAUCUGACGUCACUGUAGCACAAAUAUUAGACGAUGCUUUUUAUUUUUUGGUGCAACAUACAGAAUAUAACGACAAUUCUAUUUCAGAUACUAGUGAUCUAGACAUAUAUUUCGAAAUUGCAAGCAGUAUAUUUCAUGCAAACAAUUCCUACAUAAUGUGGUAUCCAAUAUUUUUUGCUCUUGAAAAUAUGUCGCAGAUUUUUCCGUUUCCAGAAAGUGUUCUUUUUAGAAAUAUCAAGGAUAAACUUCUGGUAAUAUUGAAUAGGUUUCUUGAUAAUAUAUCAUGUACUCCUUGUUCGGAAAAUAGUGUCAAUAAUCAAUUCUAUCAUGAAGUUUUAAAAUGGACAUGCAUUCUCGGUGAUUUAAAAUGCAAAGAACAUGUUAAUGGAAUAUUAGAAUGGCAUUUUAAAAAUCCUGCACAAAACAAACUUUUGCCAAGUUGGAAGAAAUGGAUAUAUUGCCAAGGAUUAAUGUUAGAAACUGUCACUUAUGAUAAAUCUGCUUUGUGGCAAAAAAUUUGUAACAUAUACCAGACACAAGGAAAAGAAACAGAAUUCUUAGAAUUUUUGCCUUGCUCUAGAAAAUACGAGGAUAU